CCCUGCCCGCGCUCCCUGCCAGCCCGGCCAGGCCGCGGCGGCCGCUCGCCGCCGCCCGCCAGCAUGUUCGCCGCCGGGCUGGCUCCCUUCUACGCCUCCAACUUCAGCCUCUGGUCGGCUGCGUACUGCUCCUCGGCCGGCCCGGGCGGCUGCUCCUUCCCGCUGGACCCCGCGGCCGUCAAGAAACCCUCGUUCUGCAUCGCGGACAUCCUGCACGCCGGCGUCGGGGAGCCGGGGGCGGCUCCGGAGGGACUGGUGGGGGCCUCGGCCGCCGCCCUCACCGCGCACUUGGGCUCGGCGCACCCGCACGCCUCUUUCCAGACGGCCGCCAGGUCCCCGCUGCGGCCCACGCCGGUGGUGGCGCCCUCCGAAGUCCCGGCAGGCUUCCCGCCGCGGCUGUCCCCACUCUCCGCCGCCUACCACCACCAUCACCCACCGCCGCCGCCGCCGCAGACGCAGCCCUCGGCCCGGCCCGGCGCCCCGCAGCAGCCUCCGCCCUCCGCGGCCCCGGCCCGAGCGCUUCCGAACGCCCACCAGAGCGGCUCGGUCCCGGCGCCCUCCAGCAAGGACCUCAAAUUUGGAAUUGACCGCAUUUUGUCUGCAGAAUUUGACCCCAAAGUCAAGGAAGGCAACACGCUAAGAGAUCUGACGUCCCUGCUCACCAGUGGCCGGCCGGCGGGGGUGCGUCUCCCCAGCCUGCAGCCCUCCACUGGCCAAUUCUUCGCGUCUCUAGAGCCCAUCAAUGAGGCUUCAGCCAUCCUGAGUCCCCUAAGCUCCAAUCCAAGAAACUCAGUGCAGCAUCAGUUUCAAGACACAUUUCCAGGUCCCUAUGCUGUACUCACCAAGGACACCAUGCCGCAGACCUACAAGAGGAAGCGCUCCUGGUCACGGGCAGUCUUCUCCAAUCUGCAGAGGAAAGGCCUGGAGAAGAGGUUUGAGAUUCAGAAGUACGUGACCAAGCCAGACCGAAAGCAGCUAGCAGCGAUGCUGGGCCUGACCGAUGCGCAGGUGAAGGUGUGGUUCCAGAACCGGCGCAUGAAGUGGCGGCACUCCAAGGAAGCCCAGGCCCAAAAGGACAAAGACAAGGAGGCCGGCGAGAAGCCGUCGGGCGGCGCGGCGGCGGGGGACGGCGAGGCGGAGGAGCGGAGCCCUAGCCGCUCGGAGGGCGAGGCGGAGAGCGAGAGCAGCGACUCUGAGUCCCUGGACUUGGCCACCAGCGACACGGAGCGGACUGAGGCCGCCGCCGUCGAGCGAGCUCUGCCCCCGACCACGGUCAUCAAGGCCCCGGCGUCCGGCGCCCUGCUAGCGGCCGGCAGCACGGGCAGCGGCGGCAGCGGCGGCGGCGGCGGCAGUUUCGGCUUCGGCGGCCUGGGCAGCGGGUGCAGUGGCGGCAGCGGCGGCAGCGGCUGCAGCUCCAGCGCGGGGGCCUCCGGCAGCCUCACUAGCGGCGCGGCCGAGCUGCUCCCGGAGCCGCAGCCCGCCGCCAGCAGUGCCCCGCCAAGCCCUGAGCCGGCCCAAGCACCCCUCGGCGGUCUAUAGACUGGACGAAAGUGCAGGGGCCUGGGACUGACCGAGGGCGCGCGCCCUGCCUCCUCCGGGCGCCUCUGCCGGCACGUUGAUCCCGGGCGCAGCCCCCGCUGGGUGCAGCCCUCACUGCUCCGAGCAGAGUGUGUGUGUGUGGGGGGGGGCGGGGGGUCUCCGCACCCGGCCGGAGGCACCCAAUGCCCACCGAACACUCACCCCUCACCCCUUGCAAGCCCCUCACUCACACUGU